AUGCAAAAGUGGCGACUUGGGUUUUGCCCAGCAACUGCCCACAUUACAAGGAUGGCAGCUUGGAUCCGAGUGUCAACUAUUCAAUUAGAAUGUUUUGAUAUAUGGGCUUUGAAACGGAUUGGAAACCUGUUAGGGAAACUACUAAAAAUUGACGCCCUCACCAUUAUUCAGAACAGGGGAAAAUUUGCCAAAUUAUGUGUGGAACUCAAUUUGACCAAACCCUUAGAUGCCUUUGUUCAGAUUAACCACGUUUGGUACAACAUUGAGCAUGAGGGCCUCCCAAAAAUUUGCUACUUGUGUGGGAACUACGGGCAUAAGAAAGAGGCUUGUAACCUUAUGACUACUUCUGCUGGCCAAACAAGUGAAACCCCAAAUGCAGUAGGAGCAGAUCUAAUGGGACAAUCUGCCGAGGUGGAAAACGAGAACUCUAUGGAAGGAAACAAGGGGUUGAGAGGGCCAUGGAUGAAUGUGCCCCUCCGAAGGAAACGUAAAGCUAUAGCUACAAAAGGAAAAGGCAAGAUCCCUGGAGGCAAAAGUCAGGGGUCCAGAUUUGAAGCCUUAAGAGAAAUGGAUGACGAUACGGAGAGUGAUGGUGUGGGAGAUGCUAGGAGUGCCAACCAGAAACAACCAAUUCAUUUAGAUACCCCAAAAUGGACGGCUUAUACUAGGAAGAAAGCAUGGACAAAAUCCAAGGCUGCUAUGCCCGGUACUAGAGUAGUAUUGAAUGACAUUUCAAACAAGCCAGUACAGAAGCAGGGUGACAUGAGGUUGGGCUCAAAACAUGGGGAUAUCGACUUCUAG